UGACAGCUUGAAACUGUUAUAUUGUAAACUGUAAAAUGUAAACGCUUCAUUCGAUGCAAUUCACUAUCCCUGACAGCAGCCAGACAUGAAGCUCCACCUGAUGUUAUUUCUCUGCGUGGCAGUCUGUUCAUUUACGGGAAAGGAGGUUGCCGGAAAAGGUCCUUUGGUGUACUUUAAGGCAUCACUGCCAAAGGAUUCGAAUCCCGCAUCCUCGAAAUCUUACCACUUUGGUGUUGGCAACAUCAUUCCAUUUAGCAGCGUUGAGGCGAACAUUGGUCGUGGGUAUAACCCUUCAUCUGGGGUAUUCACUGUACCUGUAUCAGGUUACUAUCAGUUCAGGGCACUUUUACAAACAACUCGUGCAGGUCAUUCCGAUUUCGAGCUGGUUGCACAGGGUUCUCGGAAAGCAUUUGUAACCGUUCCAAGCGUCCAUGACAGCACCACCAUGAGCGCUACCUUUCAUGUCAACAGAGGUGACCACGUUUUCGUCAAGAAGUUCUACGACAACGGUAACGCCCCAUUAAGACAUGGGCUGUGGUCGCAGUUUUCUGGCUUCCUCCUUAGAAAAGACUGAUUCAGCAUCUCUCUAAAAUAAAGAACCAUAAAAUGGA